CAUUAAUUUUAAAAUUUAUAUGUGAAACAAGAUCGGUAAAAGGAAGUUUCAUAAUCAUUGACUCAAAUUCAUUAUCGCCCAUAUUCCCACGAAGUGAUUUCAAAUUCAAUAUUUUUCCGAGUUAUAACAUUUGAAAAAAUGAAAUAAUAUUUGAUGUCCACAUUCCAUAACAAGCUCUAAUAUUAUGCAGUUUCAAAUCCGACCCGAAAAGUCACAAUAAAAUAUUAUUCCAAAGGCUAAUUUUAAGUCAAAAGAAACCCUAGAUUCUGAGAUAUAUAGUAGUAUCAAAAAUUCACGAAGAGCCACACGAGAAGGAGGGAGGGUCAAAGGGCUGCAAAAGGAUACAUCUACUCCCACACAUCGGAGUGUUGUAGCCCCCUCCGCCUCCAAUAAUAUCUCUGCUCGUCGUCAACCCCAAACUUUCACUAUUUCUUUUUUUUCCCACAAGAAAAAAAAUGGAUUCUUGGAAAACACUUUGACCUCAUUUUCGUGUUUUUUGUGUGUUUUCUUGGAUUUUUAGGUUUUAUUUAGGGUAUAUUGAGACCCCAUUUUCUUGUUUUUUCAAUUUCGUUUGUGCUUUCUUGGAUUUUUAGGUUUUAUUCAAGCUAAAUUGUGACCCCAUUUUCUUGUUUUUUCAAUUUCUUGUGUUGGUUUAUUUUUUCCUUGGAUUUGGGGUUUUAUUUAGGGUAUAUUGAGACACUCAGUUGGAAUAAAAAAAGAUUUUUAUUGAGGGAGAUGGCUCAAAAUGGGCAAGGGAUAGAGCCUGCUGUUCUUGAUGACAUAAUCAACAGGCUAUUGGAGUUUAGGAAUGCAAGAACUGUGAGACAGGUUCAGCUUUCUGAAGCUGAGAUUCGCUCUCUUUGUACUGCUGCAAGAGAAAUCUUCCUUCAGCAGCCUAAUCUUUUGGAGCUUGAAGCUCCUAUCAAGAUCUGCGGUGAUAUUCAUGGACAAUAUGGUGAUCUGCUGAGGCUUUUUGAAUAUGGUGGAUUCCCUCCCCAAUCAAAUUAUUUGUUUUUAGGGGACUAUGUGGAUCGCGGCAAACAGAGCUUGGAGACUAUAUGCCUUCUACUUGCUUACAAAAUUAAAUACCCUGAGAACUUCUUUCUGUUAAGAGGGAAUCAUGAAUGUGCUUCUAUUAACCGGAUAUAUGGAUUUUAUGAUGAAUGUAAGCGCCGAUUCAAUGUGAGGUUGUGGAAAGUCUUCACUGAUUGCUUCAACUGUCUUCCCGUGGCAGCUCUCAUAGAUGAUAAAAUACUUUGCAUGCACGGUGGCCUUUCUCCUGAUCUAACAGACUUAGAUCUGAUACGAAAUUUACCUCGUCCAACGGAUGUUCCAGAUUCCGGUUUGCUUUGUGAUUUACUUUGGUCAGAUCCUAGUAGGGAAGUUAAAGGUUGGGGAAUGAAUGACAGGGGCGUCUCAUAUACCUUUGGUCCUGAUAAAGUGGCAGAGUUCUUGAUGCAACAUGAUAUGGACCUUGUUUGUCGUGCCCAUCAGGUUGUGGAGGAUGGCUAUGAAUUUUUUGCUGAAAGGCAGCUAGUUACAGUAUUUUCUGCACCAAACUACUGUGGCGAAUUUGAUAAUGCUGGUGCAAUGAUGAGUGUGGAUGAAAAUCUGAUGUGCUCUUUCCAGAUUUUGAAGCCAACAGAUAGAAAACCUCGGUUCUUAUGAAGCAAAAGUUCAUAGCUUAUGUAUGUGCUCUCCCAGUGGCACCUAAGAAAUUCUUGUGUGCUGGGAAAGAGCAGUCGAAGAUGUUGGCAUCUGUAAGUUCAUUAUACAAGCAAUGCUUUCCAAUGAAGGGGGAAGCAGAUGGUUCAGUUUAGGACCAUGUGUAUUCAGAUGAUAAUCUGACUUUAACUGUAGUUUGGAUGAUGGCCUCAGUGCCAGACUAUUUUUUCUCUGUUUUUCUUGGUGGGUGGUUAAUCCUAUUUAAAUUUGCUCGUGCAAUCUAUGAUUUGACGUGUAAAUACAAAUCCGUUUGUAAUUGCAGUGCAGUCUCAUUUAAGUGGUUGAUACUAAAA